GUGACGCAGAGCCCUGAGUCUGCGGCUGCAGGAGGAGCUCGGACCCGCGUGCACCCGCUGGCCGGGCCCUCCGGCUCCCCCGGCUCCCCGGGGGACCUCGGCGGCAGCCCCCGGACCUAUCUCCCGAGCACAGCCAUGUCUGGCAACGGCAACGGGGCCGCGACGGCGGAAGAAAACGGCCCAAAUAUGAGAGUGAUUCGUGUGGGUACCCGAAAGAGCCAGCUGGCUCGCAUACAGACAGACAGUGUGGUGGCAGUGCUGAAAGCCUUCUACCCAGGUCUGCAAUUCGAAAUUGUUGCUAUGUCCACCACAGGGGACAAGAUUCUUGAUACUGCGCUCUCUAAGAUUGGAGAGAAGAGCCUGUUUACCAAGGAGCUGGAACAUGCCCUGGAGAAGAAUGAAGUGGACCUGGUUGUUCACUCCCUGAAGGACCUGCCCACUGUGCUUCCUCCUGGCUUCACCAUUGGAGCCAUCUGCAAGCGGGAGAACCCCUAUGAUGCUGUUGUCUUUCACCCAAAAUUUGUUGGGAAAACCCUAGAAACCUUGCCAGAGAAGAGUGUGGUGGGAACCAGCUCCCUGCGGAGAGCAGCCCAGCUGCAGAGAAAGUUCCCACACCUGGAGUUCAAGAGCAUUCGGGGAAACCUCAACACGCGGCUGCGGAAGCUGGAUGAACUGCAGGAGUUCAGCGCCAUCAUCCUGGCCGCCGCUGGCCUGCAGCGCAUGGGUUGGCAGCACCGGGUGGGGCAGAUCCUACACCCAGAGGAAUGCAUGUAUGCUGUGGGUCAGGGGGCCCUGGGCGUGGAAGUCCGAGCCAACGACCAGGACAUGCUGGAUCUGGUGGGUGUGUUGCAUGAUCCGGAGACUCUGCUUCGCUGCAUUGCCGAGCGAGCCUUCCUGAGGCACCUGGAAGGAGGCUGCAGUGUGCCCGUGGCAGUGCAUACAGCCAUGAAGGAUGGGCAACUGUACCUGACUGGAGGAGUCUGGAGUCUAGACGGCUCAGAUAGCAUGCAAGAGACCAUGCAGGCCACCAUCCGUGUCACUGCCCAGCAUGAAGAUGGCCCUGAGGAUGAUCCACAGCUGGUGGGGAUCACUGCCCGGAACAUUCCACGAGAAGCCCAGCUGGCUGCUGAGAACCUGGGCAUCAGCUUGGCCAGUUUGUUGCUGAACAAAGGAGCCAAGAACAUACUGGAUGUUGCACGGCAGCUUAACGAUGCCCACUAACUGGUCUGUGGGGCGCAGGUGCCUGGGUCCUAUUGUCCAGUGCCUACCUCCCAGCCCUCAGUGCCCUAUCCUCACUGCUACCUGGUGAGUGAUUACCCCAGGGAUUGAACUGCAAGGUCAGAGACUUACUUACCUCACUUUGGGGCUGUGGGGAGUGCCUUGCCUCUGCAGUAGGUGGGGGUUUCAUCUCUUUAGAGAAAAAGUUCAAGCCACGGCCUUUGAAUGUAACCAACUCAACUAAUAAACCAGCUCUGAAGGUGA